GCAAAAGAUGAGACCUUGUGGUCCCUAUACUAAUUCUUCUAUGCACAACCCCAUAUGGAUGUGAUUCCCAUCACCCCAACCUUCCUUGGCUAUCCCCAGCCUUUCUGCAACCAUAAUUCAUUAGUUCAAAAAUUUUGGCAACUUCCAUGAGACCCUUCUGUAUCUUUCUCAUUACAAUACUUUUCUUUCUCUCAUUCAUUAAGAGCAUCAAACCUCUGCAGGAAGAAGUACACCAAAAUGACCAAGAGUCUGAUAGAGUUUUUAAUCUCCCUGGCCAGCCUAGGAGCCCAUCCCUCUCCCAUUUCUCAGGCUACAUCACAGUGAGCAGAGAGAAUGGGAGGGCCCUCUUCUAUUGGUUCUUUGAGGCCCAGACUGAGCCCUCCAAAAGACCUCUUCUUCUUUGGCUCAAUGGAGGCCCUGGUUGUUCAUCAAUAGGCUAUGGAGCAGCUGUGGAGAUGGGUCCUCUCAGGGUCAAGAGAUAUGGAAGAGGGCUUGAGUUCAAUAAAUAUGCUUGGAAUAAAGAAGCAAAUUUGCUUUUUUUGGAGUCCCCAGUUGGAGUUGGAUUCUCUUACACCAAUACUUCCUCUGAUCUGACAAAACUAGAUGAUGGUUUUGCAGCUGAGGAUGCUUAUAGUUUUUUGGUGAAUUGGUUAAGAAGGUUUCCACAGUACCAAGCUCAUGACUUCUAUAUAGCAGGAGAGAGCUAUGCAGGCCAUUAUGUGCCCCAGCUAGCUGAGCUUGUCUUUGAACGCAACAAGGACAGAAAAAACUACCCAUAUAUCAACUUCAAAGGUUUCAUUGUAGGUAACCCUGAAACAGAUGAUUACUAUGACUGGAAGGGAUUUGCGGAGUAUGCGUGGAGCCAUACAGUAGUAUCAGAUCAAGUAUACAGGCUCGUGAACAGGGUUUGUGACUUCAAGCUCUUGAACUGGACAAACAAGUGCAACAAUGCCAUGAACAUAGUCUUUAAUCAAUACAAUGACAUUGACAUCUACAAUAUUUAUGCACCUAAAUGCAGCCUUGCUCAAACAUCGUCAUUCACCUAUGAAACUCAUGCGAAGAUGAGUUUCUUAGGAAGACGCAGAAUGUAUUCAGGCUAUGAUCCAUGUUUCUCAACCUACGCUGAAGAAUACUUUAACAAGCCUGAUGUGCAAAAAUCACUUCAUGCACUUGUUGGUGGAAAGGUUAACGGAAAGUGGCAGGUUUGCAAUAAUUUUGUGUCGAACGCGUACAACGUCACUGUAUUCUCUGUUCUUCCAAUCUACUCCAAGCUCAUCAAAGCUGGCCUAAGGAUAUGGAUCUACAGUGCAGUGGGGACACAGAUGGCAGGGUUCCAGCAAUCGGGUCAAGAUACUGUGUGGAAGCCCUGGGCCUUCCCCUCAAGUCUCACUGGCAGCCUUGGUACCACAACAAGCAGGUUGGUGGGAGGUUUGUGGAGUACCAAGGACUGACCAUGGCGACAGUCAGGGGAGCAGGCCAUUUGGUCCCCCUCAACAAGCCUGCAGAAGCUCUUGUGCUCAUCAACACCUUUUUGAUGGGCCAACAGCUCCCAACACACAAGUAAUUAUCCAUGCUUCUAUUUGUUAUAUGGAGUGCCUAGCUCCCAAAACAAACAUUGGAACGCAUAAAAAACCAUGCUUGCAAUUGCAUGUAUUUUCCUUCUUUUUUGACAUUAUACAAUGUAUGAAUGCUGAAGAGCAUGAGCAAUUUGGAAUCUGUCUAUGGAAUAAGAACUAUAUUGUUGGUUAGAAAAGAUAGGAAAAAUGAAAUUGCUGGGAAAUUCAGUUU